AUGUGCACUUCUUCAAUUCCCACGCUGGAGACUUCACUUGCUGUCAAGGAUCAUUACAAUACCGCAGAUGAACAAUGAUUGCCAUCUGGUGGCUGCCAGUGGUGCUACUGUGUCAGUGUUGGAGGUUUGGAAUCCAGCCUGCUGCCUGUAAACCUCUAUGGAUGUCACCACAGUUCCCCUGUGACGUCAAAGCUGAUAAUCAUUCUCAAAUCAUAUUUGACUGCAGAAGGCGUGACCUGAGGAGCGUGCCAGACGGGAUCACCAGUAACGCCACCGAGCUGAACUUAUCGGAAAAUCACAUUGAGUACAUAAAUCCAUAUGCCUUUUCUCAUCUGCUCAAUCUCACUCGGCUCUUUCUCAGCAGCAUCAAUAAAAAUAAGGAGUCAUUGACUAUUGCACCACAUGUUUUCCUAAAUCUAUCAAAGCUCCGUGAGCUAAAAUUGAGCAGUAACUCUCUGAAAGAAGUCCCUGGCCACCUCCCUCUCAGUUUGGAAAGCCUUGAAUUGACCGACAAUAACAUUGAGCACUUGGACAACAGGAGUUUCACUGGUGUACCAAACCUGACAAAAUUAUGCCUCCAGAAAAAUUGUUUCUUCUGGAAUCCCUGUGGCAGAUCCAUUGUUAUUGAAGAUGGCAGUUUUGCAGUUAUGACCAAACUAAAGGAACUGAACUUGGCUUUUAACAACUUAACCAGAGUUCCCAAAGGAUUACCCUCAUCGUUACACCAGUUAGUUCUGGCUAUGAACAGAAUACCACACAUAUAUAAAGACGACUUCAGCGGACUCCCGAAUUUGAAAGAGCUAAAAAUACAAGGGAAUUGUCCAAGGUGUCAGACUGCGCCAUUCCCCUGUGUGCCGUGCCAAAAUACUUCCUUAUACAUCCACCCGAACGCAUUUGCAGGUCUCAAUGAGCUGAAAACACUUAACUUGGGAGGAAACUCAUUGAAGACUUUGCAGACCUCUUGGUUUAAGAGUCUGACCCAACUGAAGGAGCUCUACCUCGAAUUUAACCUUUUAAGAGAUGCUAUUGUUGGUGAGGCACCAUUUUUUAGCUACCUCGGUAGUGUGGAAAAAAUGGACCUCUCUUUCAAUUUCCUCCCGCAUUCCUACCCUGCAACUAUCAAUAUUUCAAAAAACUUCUCAAAGCUUGUGUCGCUCAGAACUUUGCAUCUAGCAGGCAUGGUCUUCAAGGAAAUCAGACGUGAUACACUCAGCCCUCUGUAUGAGCUCAAAAACCUUUCCGCACUUAAUUUAGGGACCAAUUUCAUUUUUAACUCAAAUUCCAACUUUUUUGGUAAAUUUUCCUACCUUAAAAUGAUAUACCUAGGGGAAAACAGGCUGUAUCCCAUUGCAGCCAAGAGCCCCUUAGUUCAGAGUACUGGAAACAAUCAUAAGUUAGGCCUUUCAAUGUCACCAAUCAUUGGCCACCAUGGGAAGGACUUCCAGUUGGAGCUGACACACGGCCUCAUCAAGCAGGCGUGCUUCAAUGCCGGCCGAGUGCUCAUCCUCAGCUCAAACAAUCUGUUCUUUAUUUCUCCAGAGCAGUUUGAAGGCUACGGAGAUAUCGCAUGUCUCAACCUGUCAAGAAAUGGUUUUUCAGCUGCUCUGAACGGUACGGAAUUCUCACCGCUGAGUAAUCUGACCUACUUGGACUUGUCGUUCAAUAAAAUUGAUCUUGCCUACAACAACGCCUUCAAGGAACUCAAGAAACUAGAAGUGCUCGACCUUAGUUACAAUUCUCACUAUUUUGAAGCCUACGGUGUAACGCAUAAUAUGAAUUUUUUGAAGAACCUGCCUGCCUUGAGGGUACUGAACAUGAGUCAUAAUUCCAUUUCCACCUUAACAACUAAAGAGUUGUCCAGCAAAUCUUUACGCGAACUCCAGUUUCAAUAUAAUUGCCUAGGGACACUUUGGAAAGGAAAGGACAGCUCAUACGCAAUGCUUUUCUCGAAUCUUACCAAUUUGACCAUUUUGGACAUAUCCUACAACAAAAUCAAAAAGAUGCCCAAAAAUGUGAUUGUAAACUUGCCGCGUAACCUCACAGUACUUCAUAUAAGUCACAACUUCCUCGUCGACUUCAACUGGGAGCAGCUGAAGACCUUCCCUCGGCUUGAGAUAUUAGAUCUCAGCUUCAAUUCUUUGUCCUUCAUAACUCAUGAAAUCGCAAGCGUCAGCCACAACCUGACUCUGCUCGACAUGAGUCACAAUUACAUUUCGCAGUUGACCGAUGGAUUUUUAAAGGGCGCGAAAAGUCUCCGGACUCUUGUCCUUAGCUCCAACAGACUAACUAUAAUCAAUCAAACAACCUUCCCAACAGGAUCUGAAAGUCAACUUCACACUCUGUUUUUGGAGGACAACCCUCUGCAGUGCACCUGUGACAUGUUGGACUUCAUCCUGUGGAUUGAAAGCACCACUGUCAAGAUACCUAAAUUGACCACUUGGGUGAAAUGCGACACGCCGGCCAACCAAAAGGGUCAAGUUUUGAUAAAGUUUGACAUUAACCAGUGUGUAAAUGACAGUCAGGCCUUUCUGAUUUCUAUUCUUUCAACUUCCAUCAUUAUCGUUUUUAUGUUCAUCACCAUGACGAAUCACUUGUUUUACUGGGACGCCACUUAUGUCUUGCACUACCUUAAAGCAAAAUUCAAAGGCUACCAUUCCCUGAAAUGCUCAGACAGCAUCUACAACGUCUUCGUAACUUAUGACACCGAAGACCCGCAAGUCUCAAAGUGGGUGAUGGGGGACCUUCGUUUGAAACUGGAGGACGAAAGUGACAAAAGUCUUCCUUUGUGUCUAGAGGAAAGGGACUGGACCCCCGGAGUACCGCUGUUAGAAAACCUCACUCAAAGCAUCCGAUACAGCCGCAAGACUCUAUUUGUCCUGACGCAGUCCUACGUCAAGACGGGGAUUUUUAGGCUGGCCGUAUAUCUGGCUCACCAAAGACUGCUCGAUGAGAACAAGGAUGUGAUUGUGCUGCUGAUGCUGGAGCCGGUUCUCCAACACUCUCACUUCCUGCGGCUGAGGAGGCGGCUGUGUGGGAAAAGCGUCAUGGAGUGGCCCAGAACGGCCGCGGCAGAACCCUGGUUUUGGCAGAAUCUGAAGAACGUGGUCAGAGUAGACAAUCAGGUGUUGUACAAUGAGACCUAUAAAAGGUACUUCACCAGCAAGUAAAAAAAAAAAAUAGAAGACAAAAGAUGGUUCUCUCUGGAUUAUUUAUCUUGUAUCGACUCUAAUCACUUCAAGUAUUUUCAAACAGCAUGUUGCUAUUGCUGUUCUUUAAUAUGUUUCUCCACCUGGGAUUAAAAUUACAGAAGAUAGUAAACAUGUUAAUUACAUUUAUUGUGUUUCAUAUGUUACAGUGUGUAAGUAAUUUAUUUCAAAGUUGUGUCAUUUUGUAAGACAAACAAAAUGCUGUAAUUUCUACAGAAUGGGAUAUUUAUGGGCUAUAUGACUAAAGGGUUUUUUUAUGAUUUUUUUUUAGGAUUUUGUUGUUGAUGCUGUUUAUUGUUUUAACCAUUCAAUGCAAAAAUGUCACUCAUCCAAAUUUUUAAAAUAAAAUCUCAUCAUCUAUCGGCCCCUUAACUUGUGUGUCUACAGAAAAAAUAACAUUCCAACAUUCCAAUUCCAGUGAAAACCAAAUAAGAGAUUUUUUUUUAGUUCAUUAAAGAAUCUAAUCAACUAUGUAAUUACAAAGUAAAUUUGUAAAAACAUUAUAUUUUCUUAUUAUUUAUCUCUCUUAUUAUUGUCAUUAUUUUUAGUAGCAGUAGUAGUAGUAUUUGUUGUUGUUGAUGUAGUAGUAGUAGUAGUAGUGGUAGUAGUAGUGAUAUUGUUGUAGCACUACCAAAGACAGUCAGUGAUAAUAAAAUGAGUGUAGAUACAAAAAUAAGAGCAACAUAAUUUUCUGAAGUGUUAUAUUUAUACUUAUUUGUAAAAGAAAAAACAUACAGAUAGUUUUGUGCCUAAAACAAAAUGUACAGUACUGUGCAUAUACACAUGUGGUUGUGUAUCAUGUAGCUUUGAAUAGACUCAGUGGACAAAGCAAAAAUGUACAGAUGUUUAUGUGUUAAAAAGGUACUGGUAACUAUUUUUAUUUUUAAUCACGCACAGUAAGAUUUUUACCCUGUUACAUCUUGUCACAGAGGCAUGAUUGACCUGAUGUAUGUAUCUAUGUGAAUCAAAAAGUUCUUUGAAUUAACAGAAAAUUGCACAAUUAUACAUUUGAAAAUGAA